AUGUCUGGAAAGAACGCCGGUGCAAAGGUUGGUGGCAAAGGUUCAUGGCGCAGGAAAGUAAAGAAAGCCCCAACAGGCUCACAGGAAGCCGACAAGGUUUGGCUCGCUGCUCAGCGCCAGGGCUGCCGCGAUAUCGGUGAGAUUGAUAACGCUACAAUAAUCUUAGCACAGAAUGAUAGCCUUUCUUUCACAAAGCCAGAGCUCGCUAUCGAUAUGCGUGCUAACACUUACGUUCUCCGUGGAAAGCCAGAGAAGAAGCCAGUAUCUGAGAUCCUUCAGGACCUCCUUUCUGGCAUUGACCUCUCUAAGUUUGGCGGUAAGGCUGGUGAAGAAAAGAAGGAAGAACUUGGUGAUGUUGCCAAUGUAGAUUUCUCCAAGCCAGAAGAGGCUCAGCCAGAAGAGAAGAAAGAAUAA